AUGACAGACAAUAUCAGCAUCAAAGGAUCCUGUCUCUGCAAGGCAGUUCGAUAUGAACUGCGCGGAGACCCCUUCAACAAAGUGCUAUGCUUCUGCAACCAUUGCCGCAAGGCGUCAGGUACGCUCAGUAUGGCAAACAGCUGGUACAAGAAAGAUGCCUUGACAAUUACAAAGGGUGACACCCUCCGAUCAUAUCAAGCUACUUCAUCGGAUUCCCCAGCGACGCUGGAACGCUCGUUCUGUGGCCAGUGUGGGUCGCCUAUCAUGCUGCAGAAUCAAACAGAGUACCCUGACCUGGUUGUUAUUACCACGGGCACGAUGGAUGGGGGGUCAGUUCAAGAGUGGAAGCCGCAGAUGGAGCUCUACUGUAGACGUAAACCUGGUUGGUUACAGACUCCGGAUGAGACCAAGAAGUUUCAGGGGGGAUUGGGGCAAGAGUGA